AUGCCUUGUGGCACCUGGCUUCGGAUUGGCCAGUCUCCUCUGCGACUAUUGCGUCGGCAACGUUUUCCGGCGGCAGGGUUCUGGCAUGUUUCUGGAGAGCGCUUCUUCGCCAAUGCCCGUAGUGGCACACGGGCCUUCAAGAAGGUCCCGAAACUGCGCCGCGCCCAGUCUCUGAUCGGUGUUGGCCUGGGCGGCUCCGUUUUCCUCGCCGUGGCUUUCUCCAAAGCUGCUGCAAAGGCUGGCCGCGAAGAUGAAGCGAUUUGGGCGAGUCGGCGCGGGCCCCUUGCAUUGGAUGCGCAGAGAGCUAUCGAGUUCGCUCCUCUGAUACCCUGCAUUGGAUCGGGGCUGGUGGCGGUCGCCCUCUUCCGGGUUCCGGCCAACGUCCAUGAGCUCGUAGCUUUGCCUCUCUCCAUCCUUCUGGCCUUCCGGUUCCAGCUCUCCUAUGACCGCUGGUGGCAGUCGAGGCAGCAUGUCCAGGACGGGCUCUCCGGUGAUGUAAGCAUCAACGCGGUGGCCAUCGCCAUGUCCGCGGCAAACAACCAGGAUUCCAUGCAGCUUUCUUUGACAGGGAAGCUGAAAGGAGAAAUCGAGGAGAACGAGCGCCGACUCCUUGGGUUGCUGGAUGCUGCAUGUGCCAGCGUGGAAUUUAAGCUUUCCUGCGGCAAGCCACCUCACCCAGCGAACGACUCCCAUGUCUGGGAGCCCAUGGAUGCCCACCUGAAUCCUGAGGACGCCGCAGCAAUCGCCCGGGCGGCACACCCUGUGCUUUGGUGCUUCGAUUCCAUCUUCAGCACCAUCCAUCGGGGACAGAUGCUCGGGGCCUACUCUGCAGAGCUUGCCAGCGGGAUGUACGAGCGGGCCACUGCCAUGCUUACAGCCUUUCGGUUCUGCCAAAUGGUGCUGCAGCAGCAGUCGCCGGCACCGUUCAUGGUGCAUCUUCGAACCCUCCUCCUGGUGUUCUGUGUCAGUUUUCCUUUCACGAUCAUUGGCUAUGUGGGACCGUGGGGCCUCAUGCUAAUGCAGAUAGCUUUGAGCUUCAGCUUGCUGGGAAUCGAGUUUGUGAGCCGUCAGAUGGAACACCCAUUUGGUGAGGACGAAUCGGAUAUCCCACUGAAACAGGUAAUGGCCGGCACGCGUGGAUCGAUUCAGUUGAUUCUAUUGAAGCAUGAUCACGGGUCGCAGGACAUACUUUGA